CGACAGCUGACGUUCAGCCUGCCGUCGUGGGCGCCGACGCAAGAGGCAGAGCCGACGCCAGCGCACAAGGACGUCCUCGGCGACUCGCUCGGCCUCUGCUGCGACUACAUCAAGCAACGAAUCAAACGCUCGAACGUGCCGACGGCGAGGAAGGCGGCCCAGGCGGCGCUCGACUACAGCGGUCCGCCGGACGUCGGCCCGCUGGUGACGGCCUGCGCGCGCGACAUCGAGACGGGACAUCCCGACGCGUACGUGAACGUCUGCUCGCGUCUAGGCGUCAAGCUGAACACGGUCGCCGCGCUGCAGGACGUGUACGCUCACCUCGCCGGGUGUCUGCUGCUCGGGAACGAACUGACGUGGGGCAAGGUGAUGGCGCUGUUCGCACUUACGGGCGCGCUGGCGAUGGACUGCGUGCGGCAGCAGCGAGAGACCUACAUCGGCUCGCUCAUGGAGGCGUUCACCGAGUACGUAUCGACGUACGUGUGUCCGUGGAUCAUCGCCCAGGGAGGCUGGGCUUCCUUCGCACGUCAAUUUGAGCAGGAAAAUCCGGAAGAUGACUUGCAGGCGAUUAGGGUGGGAAGUCUAGUCGGCGCCAUCAUCAUCUGCGGAAUCAUCGUCAUCAUCAUAAUUAUCGCCAUACUCUGAGUGGCCACUUUUCACUAUUUAUGUUUCUCUGAAACACUAUUAGGAAAUUCUUCCCACAUAGGAAGCUGUGGCGUGUGAAAUUUGUUAAAAGCAAACA